GUGUUCCUUACACAUUAAUCAAAAUAGUUUUAGAAUAGAGGCAGAUACAAUGGAUAAGUCAGUGAUGAUUUGCUUUGCAUUUGUGAUGCUAUUCCAACCAGUUGUACUUAAAUCUAUGCGGUUUUGUAAUGAAAUAGAUGGAACAUUAGCAUGCUGUACAGGAUACAAGUUGAACCCUGAACGAAAUGAAUGUAUACUUUGUGACAGUGGAUUUCGGGGGAAUAACUGUGAUGCCAAGUGUCCUUAUCCUACGUAUGGAGAAGAUUGUCAGUCUGAGUGUAACUGUAACAUAACUUACUGUGAUCAUGUCAACGGCUGUACAGUGUCUUCAGAAGAGAGUUUUUCAAAAGAGUUUAUCUACAAGACUGUCACAAAAGACCUUAUCAAUAAGGUCAACAUUAAUGAAAGUUCUUCCAGUGCCACAGUAGAAAAUACGACAAAUGUCUACUACCCGGCGAAGACACAAUCUAAAAGGAAUACCACUUUAUUGUUAGCUGUAAUCGGACUAACAGGCGUAUUUGUAAUCGUUAUUAUGAUGUACAUUCUCACAGGGUUGUUAGAAAAUUUCUUGUAAACAUAAACACAGUUUGAAAAAAAACAAUUACUUAUUCAUUUGCAUUUUGAAGUCAAAAUUGUAAAUAUAUUGAAUAACCAGAUUGUGUUUAUAUUUAAAGAUAAUAUACAAGUGAUUUUUUUUCAAUA